UUGUUAUUAAAAAAUGUGCAAAGAAUAUUUCUACGUAGCAAUAUUUUAUAAACUAUUGCACGUGGUAUUGAUGAUAUCUGUGAAUAAUUUCUUAUAUUUUAUAUAUUAAAAUUUUCAUUAUUAAUCUAAAAAUGUAUUCUGAAUCUCAUAAAAUAUUUUUGCAAGCUAUCAUGCAAGAAGGUAUCUUACAAGAUGAAGAUAGUAAAGAAUUAAUCAUUACAUUAUUUGGUAAUGAAGAAGUGAAAAAUAUAAUUUAUGAAAUUAAUUCAAAAUUACAACCAUUAAAUAUGAUGAUAAAAACUGUAACUUGUGAAAUAACAGGUGAUACAUAUUGGGCAGUUACAAGUACAAUUCUCCAAGAUAUAAGUAGUUUUCAGGUACAGUUCUCUAGAGCUCAAUUGGAACUAUUAAGGAAAAUAUUUUCUGAGAUAAUAACAUCAACUAAUGGCUGUGUAUCUAGUACAAUAUGUCUUAAUUUAUGUUCAUCUCUAGAUACAAAAUUGUUAAAAAUUGAUGCAACAGAGUUUUUGGAUUAUAUCGUUGAUAAAAAGUGGCUCACAUUAAAAAAUGGUCAAUAUUAUAUUGGAGUACGCAGUAUAGCUGAAUUAAUGCCUUACUUUAAGGAAACUUAUGACAAUUCUCUCCACAUCUGCAAUUUAUGCAAGGAAGUUAUCUUUUUCGGUCAAAGAUGUAUUCAUUGUGAAGCUAUGAUGCAUAUUAUUUGCUUAAAGAGAUAUGCAGAAGUUAUGCAUCCUCUACAAUGUGCUACUUGUAAGAAUCAUAUAGAAGUAGAUGUUAUAGGUGAAUAAGGAAGAACAGUGAUUAUGAAUAAAUCUUAA